AUGCGUAUUACUCUACAAAUCAGUUCGAAACUGGCUCCGCACCUAUCAAAACGUCCGAUCCUCUCUCCCCGGAAACCAAAAUCAGAUGGCGAAGCUACAUCAUUUGUCGAUUAUCGACGUGUUAGAUGCAUAGCUGGAAACGGAGGAAAUGGGAUGGUUUCGUUUUUCAGAGGAUACAAAAAACCAUUUGGUGGGCCGGACGGUGGCGAUGGAGGUCAUGGUGGACACGUCGUUUUUAGAGCAAGUCGUGGAGCUAAAGAUCUUUCGACAGUCUAUUCAAUUGUCAGAGCACAUAAUGGAGAAUUCGGGAGAUCAAAGUCAUGCCAUGGAAAGUCAGCGGAACACAAAGAAAUCAAUGUUCCAUUAGGCACCGUAUUCAAAUCAGAUGGAACGACAGUUUUCGAAUUGAAUCAGGAAAACGAUAUGUUCAUUGCGGCUCGUGGCGGUGUCGGAGGACGUGGAAAUCAGUUUUAUGUGUCGAAUGAGGUACGAAAACCAUUCAAAGCGGAAUAUGGUGGACAAGGAGAAGAGUUGAUCUACGAUGUGGAAAUGAGAGUCAUGGCAACAGCUGGAUUAGUCGGAUUCCCAAAUGCUGGAAAAUCAUCCCUACUUCGUGCAAUUUCUCGUGCAAAACCAAAAGUCGCCUCGUAUCCAUUCACGACACUUCGACCUCAUAUUGGGGUCGUUUUCUAUGAAGAUUUCGAGCAAAUCGCCGUUGCUGAUAUUCCAGGACUUAUAGAAGAUGCACAUUUAAAUAAGGGACUGGGAAUUUCAUUUUUAAAACAUAUCGAGAGAUGCCAAUCCUUAUGGUAUGUUCUCGAUUAUUCUGCUGGUAACUUGACAGAACAAUACAAAUUAUUGCGGAUAGAGCUUGAAGGAUACCAGAAAGGACUUGGAGAUCGAGCGUCUACAAUUGUUAUCAAUAAAAUUGACUUGUCAGAUAAAGAUUCUGAGGAAGAGAAUCAACACCUUUCGUCUCUUUUCCCGAAUCUUCCUGUGUUCCCUGUCUCCGCACAAGAGCGAAUUGGAUUGGAACCAUUGCUUGAACACCUCAGAGAACAAUAUGAUUCUCGUUUAAUCAAUUAG